AGGGCACCGCGCCCUGGCACGUUGGCGGGCGCCCCCUCCGCCUGUCUUCGGAUGGCCGAGACGGAACCGAAAGUGCGCAAGGCGGCGGUGCCCGCGGCGCUGGCGCACGGCGGCGGCGACGCCGCGUCGGAUGGCACGGAGGAGAAGGAGCGCGCCCCGAAAACUGUGGCGGGCCUCCUGAGCGGCUCCGCGCGCCUGUGGCACCGCUGGCGGUCGGACGUCCUCGGCGUCGGCACCUACGCGGCCGCGAUGUCCUUUAGCUGCUUCUACGCGUCCGAGGAGCUGAUGCAGCCCCCGGACGCAGUCGGCGUUGCGCGGGCGGACUGGGCCCGCUCUUUUACGUGCUCUUCGCCCUCUGCAACGCCGCGUGGCUGGGGCUGAUGUACCACGGUCCAGGACUGACGCCCCAGCGCGGCGGCGGACAGCCAGCUGCACCCGCAGCUGGCCGCCAUGCUGACCGCGGGCAAGUUCUGCCGGACGCGCCCAUUUGAUGCCACGGAGGGCCCGUGCACGAGGUGCUCGAAUUGGACCGAAACCCGUGCUGGCCUACCACUGCAGCACUUGCGGCUCGUGCGGCCUGUGGAUGGAUCACCACCAGGCGCUGGCCGCACAGUGCGUAGGC